UGUUUAAAACAUGCAACCGGUUUUCGUCUCUCUUUUAUAAACCAUAUCUCUCAAAGCAGUGGGAAAUACGACAUACAGCAAGACUGCGCCACCUUAUUGUCCAUUAAAACGGAAUUUUAAUAUACUCAUGGCUUCAACAGUAGAUUUCAGAACACACGUUGACCAGUCGUGCAGGUAUUCCGAGGAAUUCGUCAAUAUUUACUAUGACUGCAUGGACAAGAAAAGGAGGCACCUGACAAGGCUGUACUUAGACAAGGCGACCCUCGUGUGGAACGGCAACGCCGUCUCUGGACAAGAUGCUCUCGGAGAAUUUUUUGAAUCUCUUCCGUCAAGUGAAUUUCAAGUGCACACCCUCGACUGUCAACCCGUGCAUGAGCAAGCGACCCAGGGCCAAACUACGCUGCUGGUGGUCACUGCGGGGUCGGUGAAAUUUGAUGGGAACAAACAGAGAUAUUUCAACCAAAAUUUCCUUCUAACGGCGCAGGCCUCGCCGAACAGUGACCAGCCCGUGUGGAAGAUUGCGAGUGAUUGUUUCCGAUUCCAGGACUGGGCAAGCUGAUCCUCUGCCCGCCAGGCUCUCUGUUUUUGCCUCGGUGUUGUAAAUAAACGUUUUGUAUAUACAAAAGUCAUUCCUCUUUGAUACUCAAGUAAUAGAAUCAGAAACAAGUCUGGGUUGAGUAGAAAACAGUUUAUCACAAUGUAUUUUACAUACAGUAGAUGAACCACAGUGUG